CUGUUGCACACAUCAUUCUGUUUAUUCUGGUUGUAGGCUCUGGUGAAAUGUUUCCCAAAGCCAUACUUGUUUGUGAGUGUGUGGUUGGCAAACCAAUUUGAUAACAUAAACGUAUGAAUGAUUUCACUAAGGUUGUGAAACAAGUUUUUACUACAACGUAAUAUACAUAUAAACGGUUUCAACCAGGAUGUGAAAAUUUACGUAGUUGUGAAUGAGAUGAGGCGCUGAUCAUGAACGAUGAGUAGAUUGGGAAUUGGAAGGAGGCGUUUAAGUUCCUGAGCUAAACUUUUAUGUGAUAUGGCAGCAAUAUUUGCAGAUGCUGCAGUGUUUGGAUUUAAAGGCCUUUCCAAAGGUACUACUACUUUGUCAGUAUAUGAGGAGAAAUCAAUGCCUCUUGCAACAGAGACGUGGGAUAACUUGAGACCACAGGAUCCGUGUCCGUGCACCCAGCAAGACUUUAUCAUUUUUGCAGAAUUCUCUGAAGUAAUGGGCCCUGUUCCUCUGUUAACGAUUCCGCUAAAUGCUGAAGAGGUUACAGGCAUUGAGAUCAAUAAUUUCAUCAUGAGAAUCAUGUCUGUUGACUAUCAAGUCAACCCAAGCAAAUCUGUGUUCUGUGAAGAUGCACAGGUGCUGCAGAUGUGCGUGAUGCCUGGUCUGCAUGCUUAUGUGCAUUACUUGACUCUUCAUGACCCUGUGGCUAGAGGAUUUGUGCGGCCUCUCUGUCUCGCGUAUGUCACCGCUGACCAAUAUAAGCUAUCACAGAUAUUUCAAAAGCUCAGGAAAGAAUUCCUACAUGUGACUCAGAUAGUAAAACAUGAUAACAGACUGUGGUUCAGGGAGGAAAUUUUAUCAACUCUGCAUUGUAUAAAGGAAAGGCAAAAUGAAUAUUUAUACUGGAAGAAGAAGGAAGAGGAUGGAUAUGUUUUAUCUUGUGAACAACAACAAAUCUUGGAGCGGACUAACAUGGAUCAAUUGGUCCAGCAGUCUACAGACUAUGCACAUAUGUUACAUGCAAUAGGACCAUUACUGAAAGCAGAUGCUGGAGUGACUGAUGCGAUAUUAGGACGAUGGAAGUGUGGAUUUGCGCAGGCCAACAAAGUGGACAUUAUCCUUUCUGCUCUUUCUACUGGUUCUUAUCAGGGAGGUAGUGAAAAUUGCUUGAAAGGAGUCUUGGCACUUAGUCCAUGGGGUCUUUCAGCUGCCUUAUGGAAUUUAAUUAUUUUGCUACGCCACCAUUGUGAAUGCCGCUUGAAGCAAAAUUGUAAAACAUUUUCCGCUGAGGAUAACCAGGUUGUCAUCAAGGACAGUGUGGAAGAAGCCCUCUGUGAUUCAGAGUACCUUCAGUUAAUAAAUAACCUGACUCAACCUCUAGACCUGUCAACUGGUAAAACAUUAUCUCAGCCUGGGGGCUCCAGCAGUAAUUAUGAUAUCCAGGAUAGUGUGGAUGUUCUUGAAGCCAACUUUAUGUCAGGUGGUAACGAGGUGGCUAGCAGUUAUCACUCGGUACCUGAGUCACUUAGUGACAUGCUGGCUGGAGUGCGAAUAGCGGGAACUGAUGGUGAGGGUGAGGUGAACAGGGCAGAGGAAGUAUUUCCUGGUCUUAAUCUGUGUGAUCCAGACAGCAUCAAUGAUUAUUCAAGCAAUGAUAGCUUCUUGGACAUCUCAGAGACAAGCAGUUUGAGCAGUGAGAACUGGAUUUCAGCCAGUCCAGAGCAGAUGGAGAACAAAAAGGCACACUGCUUAUGGAGUUGUCAAAAAUCAGGUUCUGGGAUAUUGAAGUUCUUCCAAACAUAUGAAAAAGUUGCUCAUCAUCUCCUCUACUCACUGCUGAUUGGUCGAACAGUUGUGCUAGUGGGAAAUAACAGCUCUGAACACAAAGCGUUACAGAUUAUGAAUAUCUUGUCACCGUAUGUACCACUUAUGCCAGGACAGGAAGUCAAAAUUCUAAGGUGGCACUGUGGUAUUCUGGUACCAUCCCAUAUUUCUUCCUAUCAUAUGAUUGGUGUCUGUAUUCCAGAGAGGCUCUCAGUACAUGACAUGAUCAGUUCCAAAGAUAAGAACUCUGUCACUAUUUUGGAUGUCUUCAGCAAGCAGCUGUUUGGACCAGCAUAUUCAGGUCAUAUGCUAGGAUCACUGCAGUGCACACCACAACAUAUGCCAAGCGAUCAGAGUCUCCUACUGUUUCUGCAGACAAUUGCGGCAUCACUAAACGAAAAGCUGUUCAUGUACCAAACAUUAAUGAAAAUGAAACCAUUAUCUAGAAAGACUCGUUCACGACAUUCUCAUGAUAUCUUGAGAGACAUUGGGCUAGAUGGCUGUGAUGCUGAAAUUGUGAGACAUCUCAGCAAAGUGGGGUCUAUCGAUUGGAGGCCAUUACAAUAGGAUAUAGGUUGGGUUUUUUUUUGUUUUGUUUUGUUUCAUAUACAUGUUUAUCCCUGUUUGAACAUGUUUUUUAUAUAAUUUUUAUGCUCAGUAACAUUCCAUAUUUACGCACUACUCUCUGCGUAUAGUCAAUAUGUUCCAUGCUCUGAGCCUUACUUGGGGAGGCUUGUGCAUGUGUGCAAGUGAACAGUAGUGAGCGCAGAUUAAUCCCAUUUAUUUAUGUCUAAUUUUAAGAAACUUUUUGAUGAGUACCAGUAUUAUAGUAAAUAAAUAAUGAUCUUAAUAUAAAAUUAUUAUCUUAUGUGUUAAGUGCCUUUUAUAUGUUACAAAAAAUCAAUGUCACCAAGUUAAGUACUGAAAAACAUCUGCUUAGGAAUCCAGAACACCUAUUUUAAUUAUAAGUAUACAAUAAAACAUAUUUUAAUGUUACAUUGUGUUUUCCAGGAAUGCAACGAGGUACUCCAUAAAUUGGGUUAUAUCUGUUUGUUUUUAUAAUAAUAACCUUUACACUCAUAAGAAUCCAUAAUGUGAGAUAUACAUACAUUUUUGACGUAAAUACGUCUAUAUUUUAUGGUCACUGUCAUUCGGCAAAAGUGUUACGAAAAAGUGUUAUGAAAUAGUGUUACGAAAAAGGGAAAUGAAAAAGUGUAACUUCAUU